UCUAUAGGUAAAACUUAAAACUCAAAUCAAAACUCCAAUUCUAUCUAGGAUUAGGGCAUCCAUAUAAUCAGGCGCUUACCGCACCAAUCCCCAUGGACAUUGCUCUGUUUUCCCCAUCUUCCCUUUUCCAUGACGAUGAUGAUUCCACAUCUACAGAUGAAGAAACACCAGACAACUGUCAGACCUAUGUUGAGCGAACUCAUCAGUUUCAUGGAAUGGAAUUGGUGAUUCGAGAGUUUUCCUUUCACCAGAUGAAUGCCAACCUACUAUGGCCAGGAACAUUUGCAUUUGUAGAAUGGUUAGUUCAAAACCGCUCAAAAAUAGAAGGACGCCACAUCCUUGAGUUGGGCAGUGGAACAGGUGCAUUAGCUAUCUUUUUGAAGAAGCUGUAUCAGGUGGAUAUUACAACUUCGGACUAUGAUGAUCAGGAGAUUGAAGAUAACAUAGCUCACAAUUGCAGGGUUAAUGGAGUAACUCUCGUGCUUCCGCAUAUCAAACAUUCAUGGGGUGAUCCCUUCCCAAAUCCUCAUCCAGAAUGGGACCUUAUUAUUGCUAGUGACAUCUUACUGUAUGUGAAACAAUAUCCAAACUUAAUAAAGACUCUUUGCUUCCUCCUAAAUUCUUACAAGCCACGAGAAACCGCUACAACGCCUCUAGCUCAGGAUGGAAUUCCAGAACUGGCCCGACCUGCUUUCUUAAUGAGUUGGAGACGCAGAAUCGGGAAAGAAGACGAAUCAUUGUUCUUCACCGGAUGCGAAACCGCUGGUCUUCAAGUACAACAUCUAGGUUCCCGGGUGUACUGUAUCACCCCCGCCAAACCUGUAGUCAGUGAUAGUCUAGGACUUUAGGUAGUUGCAAGAGAAGAAACUUUUAAUGGCCAAAAUACUUUUAAAGAAACUUAAGUAGAAGUGUUUACGGCGCGUUUUUAUGGUUUUUUACUUCAAACCGUGAAUGGAAGGUUGGUGACUGUUUCUAAACUUUGUAAGCCAGAAUCAAAUCUUUGAAAGCUACAACAGAAUCAAAGCAAACCGUUCUUGUGGUUUGGUUUCA